AGGUGGCAGUAUUGCGCGGUAACGCUAGAUUUGGCCCUCCUCGGCCCCCGUUAACCGGAUGUAGGCUGUCCCGGUAUUCUGGACUUGUUUCGGUCGGACGGUUGUGUCACCUGCCGGGCUGAAGAUGCCUCCUAAACCCAUGGAGCCUCUGGCCAGGAAGCUGAUGAAGGGAGUGAUAGCGGUGGAGGUUCUGGGCGUCCUGGGAGCGUACGCUCUCUUCCACAGGAUGAACAACAGUUCAGAGUUCAGGAACACCAUGAGCAACAGGUUCCCCUCAGUCCUGGAAGCGUCUGUCCUCCUGUCUUCAGUUUAUUAUCGCUCCAACGAAUGGGCCGGCGUCUACGGAACCAGAGAGCGGGACCAGGAGGCCUGGGCCGCCAAGCGCCACUGAGCCGCUACUUCCUCCUCCUGAACGGACCGGCGCCGACCCGGGCCCGGCCCGCCGGCCUCCUCUGACCCGACUUCUUCCUGCGCAGCGUCUUGGAGUCACGGCCGUGGAUCCAGUCGUCCCUCUGGGCCUCCCACCUCAGCUGCUUCAGGCCUGCAGGACGGAGCACAGCUCAGAGACCCGCGGGUCGCUCACCAGAACCCGAGCAGAACCCGGGUCCUGCUGGAGGUGCAGAACCCGGGUCCCGCUGGAGCAGCAGAACCCGGGCAGCAAACGGACUUCACUUCUUAAAGGGACGGUUCUGGUGCGGCAGCCAGAGAUGCCGGCUCAGAAUCUGGCAGAACAUCCAGAGCCCAUCAGAACCUCCAAGCUGGGAUCUCUGGCUGCUGCAGGAACCGAGACUCCAGAACCAAAGCGGCGUGGGGUUCUGCUCUGAAUGGACCGGUCUGGUAGAACCCAUCCAUCCAAUGUCUGCAAGAACUCCCCAGAGACCGGGUCGCCCAGAACACCUGAUACCUUCUGUGACGGGUCCACUUUAACUGUUCUCCUGGUUCUGAUUGUUCUGUUCUCCUGGUUCUGAUUGUUCUGUUCUCCUGGUUCUGAUUGUUCUGUUCUCAUGGUUCUGAUAGUUCUGUUCUCAUGGUUCUGUUCUCAUGGUUCUGUUCUCAUGGUUCUGUUCUCAUGGUUCUGUUCUCAUGGUUCUGAUAGUUCUGUUCUCAUGAUUCUGUUCUGAUAGUUCUGUUCUCCUGGUUCUGUUCUCAUGGUUCUGUUCUCAUGGUUCUGAUAGUUCUGUGUCUAAACGCUGCAGUGAAAUAAAACCCGUCUUUAACUCCA